GGGAGAGCUUCAGUGGCAGGGUAGGAGUGGAGUGCCAGUGUCCCUUCCCUGCACUGUACCCCUUGGUCUAGGGACAGAUGGAAACAGGGAAGAAACUAGGCCCUGCACUCCUCCCCACGUCCUUACCCUAGGCUUGGACUUAGCAAGAACAAACCAGAAUCCUACUAGACCCAGGGGGCUACAGAACCCACAUACCCUACCCAAGUACUCCAGAAAAAUGCUUUGGAAGGUGGUGGCUUGUAGAGAGGCAAGAAAUUGGGGCUCCCCUCCCAGUACUGCCAAGGAACACCCCCAGUGAGGGGAGGCAUCUGCCAGAUACUUAGAUAGUUGCUCCCUAAAAAGAGGCCUGAAACCACACUGGCCUGGGACUUGCCAAUUAGCAGCAUGUCGACGCCUUCCCACAGUUCUAUACUUUCCCCUGGGACGGACACACACACACACACACACACACACACACACACACACACCUGACAACUCCACCUGAGGACCUCCUCACUGACCCUCAGCAUAGUUUACCCAUCUUGUAAGCAUUAUAUGUUGGUGCCAACAUCCCCCUCUGAAACUGGGUAACCCAGACCACCUCCCCUAGCUGGCACUCCUGGGCUGGCAGAGGGUGGGAGCCGCCCACACUGCCUCCCACUGGCAGUCACUCAGCAGCAAACACUGCAGCAAGCAGCCGCUUCUGCCCAGACGAGCCUGUAAGAUUAUGUCCUCCGUUUCUGCCAGUUGCAAGGAACUCUGUUGAGACACAGGUCCAGUCUCAGCAAGGAGCUUGAGCUAAGCAGCAGGCAAGAUUUCUAGAUAUGUGGGGCCAAGAUGAAGAGACUUUACCAAGUACCAUCCUAUCACAUACGCUAUGCCCGUCAAUGACAUGCAUAUGUUAGGGACCCUGAAGGGACCAGCUACCUGCACUGACUAGCUGGACUUUAAAAGCUGCUUCCGGCUGUCUCACCUGGUAGCCACUGUCAAGAAGUUCAAGGAGACUCAGCUCUCCAUGAUUCUCUCUGGAGUCACUAGAAGGUUCCAACGCUGUGCUGAGGGAUGGCCUGGGAGGAAGGUUCCUCACUCAGAACUUCAACCACACAGACAGAGGAGGGUAUAAACCCAGAGGCUGAGGGGACGCUGGAGAGCUAGUUAGCUUGCCCUGCCUUCUCUGUCUCAAGCCAGCUGAACCCAGAGAUUUGAACUUGCCUGAGGCCCUAGGCCUCGUCAACAGAGGAAAUAGGGUCCCCAUUCCAGAAAGGGUCCUAAUCCAGAGUGAGGAGGCUCUGGCCAUGGGAAAAGGCUCCUAACAGAGUGGUGGGGCUUUUGCCCUCUUAACCAAUUACAUCCGAUUUGUCCACAGCAAGUGCCCCCUGAAGUCUACACACAGGCCCUGAUUUUACGGCUGAAGAAACCUAAGGCUAGGAGUGCAUGCAUACCCAGGGUCACCCCCAAAAGCCUUUUGUGAGACUAGAGCCUGGGUUUCCCCCAGACGUACCACAGCCACACCAGUCUCAUCCUGGCCACUUGAGCACCUCCCCUCCCUACUCCAGAGAGGGUCACCAGGCUUGUGGCGGACCUGAUGUCUCCCCCUUUCACUUAGUCCCUGUCACCUCCCCACAGAGAAGUGUAUGUAGUUGCCCUAGCUCCCUGCUUCUCUGAAAACAGGGUCCCUUCAUCCUAAUAUGUCAGCUAUAAGAUAAGACCUUGCCUCCAAUCCCUAGGACCUCAGACAAAUCAGUUAACCUUACUGAGCCUCCAGUUCUCCAACAGGGAAAUGGGGCAGAAAUGAACUUCAUUCAGGAUUCACUCACGAGGUGGUGAAAGAGUCGUGAACCAGCUUGGCCCAGAACACCUGGCCAGCAGGUGCAGUUCCUAUGACCAGUGAUGACACAGGGACUUAGAGCCUGGGCCAGGUGAAGCUAACACUCCCUGGGGCACCUGUCAUUCCGGCCUUUUUUUUUUUUUUUUUCCCCUUUUCUUUUCUUUCUCAGGUUCUUUUAUGACCACGGGGGUAUGAGGGAAAGAAACCAGGCCCUUAAAGACUGAGAUGUGCAGAUCCAUCUACCGGGGGCAAACUGGUUGCUGAGGGGACCGAGCUUUCCCAGGGACCAGGAGAACUAACUUUGGACACCCUGUUCCCCAGCAUUUUCUCAUACUCUGGAGUGAGGUCUUAGUUAGCCGGCUUCCCUGUCAAGUAGCAUUUAGAAGGUGUGAGGGUGCCCCAUCUUGAAAAACCCCUAGAGGCCAGGGCCUGAGCUAGCUCAGGACUGCCAGGGACAACCUCGCAACCUGGUGGGCCUUUUUUAUCCAGAGCUGUGUGGGUGGGGACAGCCCACCCACAGCCUCCUCUUCUUGUUCCAGCCUUGCUGUGCUUCGCAAAUAUUUGCUUUCCCUGACACUGACUUGACUGGGCAGGAAGAGGGUGUUUUUGAGGGUCUGUGAGGCAGCCCGCUUCCUUGCUGUCCCUGGAGAAGCUGGCUAGACCUACUCUGGGGUUCCAGCCAAGUAUAGCUCUCCCAGGAUCCCAGAACCUGAGGCUUUUCCGUCCCCUUUACCUUGGUACUGAGAAGCCUCAGUCCCAGUCAGCCUAUGUGGGACAGGGAGUGGACCUUUGCUAGCCCUGGGCUACCCUUCACAGAGCAAGGUCUCCCUCAGGGUUCCCCCCAGGCCAGAACUGAACUUUCUCCAGGCCUGGCGGCCAUGAAGGGAGCGCAUUAGCCAGAAAAGCCCCUUAAUCAGACUGGACAACUCAGUCACCAAGAGCCCAACCUCCCUAUUGGGAAACCCCCUCCUAAUAUAGAGCCUCUGGCCAGACUAGGAUAAAGGCCACACUGUUCCCCUGGAGGGGAGAGGAGGGGCUGGAAAAAGGUGGCUCUGUUGGCCACACAAGGCCCCAUUCAGCCUGGGGCCUAGUUGUCCCAGGCAAGCUGACCAGCCUGUGUAGCAGCCAUGGCCUCCCUGGGUCUGUGAGCCACCAGUGCUGGCCAGAGAUGACUGGCCUAACAGAAGCAGCUUCCGGGCCACAUACGACCUUGUGUGGCUCUAAUUCUGCCAACCUCCACUUGCCACCACAGGAGGUAGAGGUAUUGGGCCCCUAAAGAAACUACCCACCAUCCAUUUUCUCCUCCAUCUCCCCCAAGGGAGCAUGGGUACCACCUGGUUACCGACCACAGGCAGAGCUCCUACCCCAUCUGGGAGGACUUCAACUCCAAGGCGGCGAAGCUGCACUCCCAGCUGAGGACCACUGUGCUGGCUGCUGUGGCCUUCCUUGAUGCCUUCCAGAAAGUAGCUGACAUGGCCACCAACACCCGAGGGGCCACGCGGGACAUUGGCUCAGCACUCACGCGCAUGUGCAUGCGCCACCGCAGCAUCGAGACCAAGCUGCGGCAGUUCACCAACGCGCUGCUGGAGAGCCUCAUCAAUCCACUGCAGGAGCGCAUCGAAGACUGGAAGAAGUCAGCCAACCAACUGGACAAGGACCAUGCGAAAGAGUAUAAACGAGCCAGGCAUGAAAUCAAAAAGAAGUCAUCUGACACGCUGAAGCUGCAGAAGAAAGCGCGCAAAGGGAAAGGAGACCUGCAGCCCCAGCUGGACAGCGCGCUGCAAGAUGUCAACGACAUGUACCUGCUACUGGAGGAGACGGAGAAGCAGGCUGUGCGCCGCGCACUGAUCGAGGAACGGGGCCGUUUUUGCACUUUUAUCACCUUCCUUCAGCCCGUGGUGAACGGCGAACUGACCAUGCUGGGAGAGAUCACCCACCUGCAGGGCAUCAUUGACGACCUGGUAGUGCUGACUGCAGAACCCCACAAACUGCCUCCCGCCAGUGAGCAGGUGAUCAAAGACCUGAAGGGCUCUGACUACAGCUGGUCAUACCAGACCCCACCCUCGUCGCCCAGCAGCUCCAGCUCCCGGAAGUCCAGCAUGUGCAGUGCCCCCAGCAGCAGUAGCAGUGCCAAGGGUGGCGGAGCCCCAUGGCCUGGGGGCGCCCAAACAUACUCACCCAGUUCCACCUGUCGCUACCGCAGCCUGGCGCAGCCAGCCACCACCCGCCUCUCCAGUGUCUCCUCCCACGACUCUGGCUUCGUCUCCCAGGAUGCCACCUACUCCAAGCCCCCUUCGCCCAUGCCUUCAGACAUCACCAGCCAGAAGUCCUCCAGCUCCGCGUCCUCCGAGGCCUCAGAAACCUGCCAGUCGGUUAGCGAGUGCAGCUCCCCGACCUCGGACUGGACCAAGACUGGUCCCCAUGAACAGCCCUCAGCCACCACCCUGCAGCGGAGGAAGGAUCGUGUGGAACAUCUCCGUGACACUGAGACAGGCCCAGCUGGUGGAGGCACUGUGGGCUCCAGUGGAGAGGAGGUACCACGAACCCGGAUGUCCCCUGCCACCAUAGCAGCCAAACAUGGUGAGGAGGUAUCCCCUGCUGCCAGCGACCUAGCCAUGGUGCUGACCCGUGGACUGAGCCUAGAACACCAGAAGAGCAGCCGGGACUCGCUGCAGUACUCCAGUGGCUACAGCACACAGACCACCACACCUUCCUGCUCCGAGGACACCAUCCCCUCCCAAGGUAUGGGGUUCGGGGACCAACUUGGUCCUGGGCUCAACACACCCUGUGUGUCUCCAGGCUCAGACUACGACUGCUACUCUGUGAACGGGGAUGCAGACAGCGAAGGUCCCCCUGAAUUCGACAAAUCGUCCACCAUUCCUCGAAACAGCAACAUUGCCCAGAACUACCGCCGCCUGAUCCAGACCAAGCGUCCAGCCUCCACUGCGGGGCUGCCCACCGCGGGGCUGCCCACAGCCAUGGGGCUGCCCUCAGGUGCACCUCCUGGUGUGGCCACCAUCCGCCGCACGCCCUCUACCAAGCCCACUGUGCGCCGUGCCCUGUCCAGUGCUGGCCCCAUCCCCAUCCGCCCACCCAUCGUCCCUGUGAAGACACCCACGGUGCCCGAUUCCCCUGGCUAUGUGGGGCCCACACGGGCGGGCAGUGAGGAGUGCGUCUUCUACACAGACGAAGUGGCCUCGCCUCUGGCUCCAGACCUGGCCAAAGCCUCCCCAAAGAGGCUCAGCCUUCCUAACACAGCCUGGGGCAGCCCGUCCCCAGAGGCGGCUAGCUACGGCGGGGCUGUGGUCGGGCUAGCCGCUGAGGACGAUGAAGUGCAGCAACUGGCUGCCAACAGGCACAGCCUGGUGGAGAAGCUCGGGGAACUGGUGGCCGGCGCCCAGGCCCUGGGCGAGGGCCAGUUCCCCUUCCCUACUGCCCUGUCGGCCACCCCUUCGGAGGAGACGCCCACUCCACCUCCUGCUGCCACCAGCGACCCCCCGGCCGAAGACAUGCUGGUGGCCAUUCGACGCGGGGUCCGGCUGCGCAGGACCGUCACCAACGACAGGUCAGCGCCCCGCAUCUUAUGAUGGUGCCACCCACCCCUCCCUGUCUGGGCCUGGCACAAGCAGGUGGCCUGAUCUGUGAGCAGCGGCCAGCCACUCUGAGCAGCGGCAGAGCCAGAAGACAGACCAGCGCCAGGAGUGAGGCACAGCCACUUUACAGAGAGAGACAACCAGGCUGGAUCGCAGCAUCUCACGGGAAGUGACUUCCCUUACACACCUCGCCAGGACAGAGCCUGUUUUAUACUGUCCUUACCUACUCAACCCUCCUCUUCCUUCCUGCAGGCCCUGACUCAUCCAAACCCCAGAGCCCACAACCAAGGGCUGGGCCUGCUACCUGGGCCCCACCUGGCCCGGGGUCUGCGACUCUUCCUCUGGCCCGGCUGCCCUCCAGGGCCAUAUGCCCAGCUCUUUCCUUGAAUGCUGGCUCCCUCUUCUCCCUGCUUGGGCCAUGUCCCGUUUCCUCUUGCCUUUGUCCUGCCUCUCCCAGGCUCCUCUCUUUGGAGGACAGGGUGGUCAUGGAGGGGCCAGGUACCCAAUCAGCUGAGGACAUUUUUGUGACUGGGUUUAGGGACAGUCAGGCAUUGGGAAGCCAGACUCACUCGUGGGAAAGAGAGGCUGGAAGGAGGGAAUGUAGGGCCUUGUCUCAGGGGACCCUCCAGUUCCCCUCCCCCUGUGAAGAGUAGCUAGUGGAGGUGAGGCAGGGCAGACAGGGAAUGAGUCCAGAGCCCCAUAGCAGGUAUUUCCGAUGCCCUGUUCUUGGCUGGAUGUGCUGAAGCUUUAACUCUAGGGGAACCUUGGGGUUACAGUUUCACCCAUUGCUGAAGACGGUAUGGGAGUUACUCUAUGACUAUAAUAAAAUGGAGCUGACCCUAGACAAGAGCUGUGUGGGGCAAGCCGGUGGUACAGGGUGUGUGUCUGAGUGCCUGAGAGAGCUGUGGGAGUCCCAUGGUGGGCUCGUGGCCAGAGAAGGGUAGAAUCAGCUCUUCCCAAUCCAGGGGAAGCUACUCUUCUUGCUAGUGUCUGAAGUGUCGGUAGAAUAAGGCUGGAAAGGGUAGGCCAGGGCCUCUGGCCAGUCUGGUGUGGUCUGAGUGAGCUGCAGGCCCAGCUUGAAGCAAGUCUUAGAAGGUUGGUUUUGGCUUUCUGUUGCCAGAGGCAACCCCAUCCCAAGAAAAUCUUUGCGUGCAGGCCUAGCUGGGGCUGGCAUCAGGGGCCAAAGAAAGAGUGGGUCCUGCCUCCACUGUGCAGCCCAAGUCUGAGCAAGUCAAAGCACGUUAAGUGUAGGCCAGAGGAGAGAUUCAGGAGGUAGGGCAGGCAGCAGACUCUAAGGUAGCAUUCUGCCCGACCCUACAGGGAGUCCAGAGAGCUUACCUUGGUCUCGAUGGAAUGGAGUUGAGGCUGACCAGGGCCCAAGGAUACCAUCAACUGGUAUCCUAGCAGGGCAGCCCAAUAGGUGUGGUGAAGCAGGGAUUCCUGUGUGUGGGCGGGGUUACCACAGGCCCCUGUGUGUGGGCGGAGUUACCACAGGGCCCUGUGUGUGGGCGGAGUUACCACAGAGCCCUGAGACUGCUAGAGAGUUAUCUCCAGGGUCUGAGACCUGGCCCACCAAACUCGGUUGUAACCAGAGCCUCAAGUGUAGCGUCCAGGAAAGCAAAUGGUCAGGUGUGGAACCCCCGAGGCACAGUUUGGCUUCACCUCCCCCAACAGGACUGUCAGGGUUGAUGGAAAGGGAUGCAGGAUAUCAAGUGGGCGGAUGUGGCCCCUGCACCCAGGCUGUGGCUGGGUCCUAGAGAAGGGUGUCUAAGUAGAUGGGCUCACUGCCAUCUGGGGACUCCAGGCCCUGAUGGGAAGGGAGGCCAGGGACUUCCCAGGAAGAGGAUGGAGUGGCAUGCCCUCCCCCACUUUUAGCCUUCCCCUCCCCUCCAGGGCUGUACAUACUCCAUCCCCUCGUCUGACCCACAAGUAUCCUUCUCCACUGCCACUUCCUCUAGUGCUCACUCCCUCAUAGGCCCGCCCUCGGGAUCCGAGUCAACCAUCCUGCAUCACAGACUGGUUUGGGGGCUUCUUCACACACUUUUUAUUUUUUGUUUUCAUUUGUACAGCAAAACAUUCUUUUCAAAUGUGUCUUUCGACUGACGUAACUUUUCUGGUGCUGUUAACUUGUCUUUUUUUUUUUAAUUUAUUUUGCCACCCCUCCUGGUUCCUACUCACCCCCCCCACCCCACUCCCCCUACUCCUAUCCCAUUACUUUUAUUCUUUUCUUUCUGCCAAGUUUUGGAUAAAUUCUCCCACCCACCCCGGUUUCCAUCCUCUCCUUGAUUUAAAUAGUCACUGCUACAAAGUAACAAAUGCACUGUGAAGAUUCCAGUAUUAAUAAAGUGGUACUGUAGUUAACA